GAGAGGGAGCAGGCGUUGGCGAUUGCUGGUCCUGGCGGUUAGCUGAGCGCGGCUCCCUCGUAGGCCGGCCUGUCUAGAAACAGCAGGAGAGGUUGGGCAGGUCGUGAGAAUCCAAGGACUUCAACGCAACGAUGGCUGAUAAAUCCAAGGCCAAGGCUGAACCUCCACCUCCAGCCAAACCCGGGGAAGCCAAGAAAGACGAUAAGGCGGAAGCCAAUGCCCCAAAGCCCCCAGUGCAAAAGUCGGUGCAGCCCAAGCAUGAAGUGGGCACGAGGAAGGGGUGUCGCCGCUACCGGUGGGAAUUCAAGGACAGCAAUAAAGAGUUCUGGCUCCUGGGGCACGCCCCAGUCAAGAUUCUGAGUUUGGGCUGCUUGAUAGCUGCCAUGAUAGUGUACUCAUCAAUCCCCGUGCACCCCAUGUUGACACUGGUCAUCGUCUUGGAGAUAUGCUUCUUCUGCUUCUUCAUUAUCCUCUACAGCUUGGCCAUCCAAAGAUAUGUGCCCUUUAUCCUGUGGCCUGUUACUGACCUUCUCAAUGACCUGAUCGCCUGUGGGUUCCUUGUGGCAGCCAUCGUCUUUGCUGUGAGAAUUCGACAAACCUUACCACUGUACUAUAUAAUUGGUUUGGUCCUUAUGGGCGUGGCUGCAUUUUUUGCUUUAAUUGAUACCUGCCUUCAGAGAAGCCACUUCAGAGGCAAGAAGACCAGAAAGAAUGUGCUGGUUCCUCCUCCCACCAAGGGAGCACCCGCAGCACCUACUACAGGACAAGAGGAAGCAGGAAAGGGCAAAGAAGCGGAAAAGGGCAAAGAAGCAGCAAAAGGCAAGGAAGCGGGAAAGGGCAAGGAACCGGCCAAGGGCAAAGACAAGGGCAAAGACAAGGGGAAAAAGUAAUAGGGGGAAACUCCUGUAGUCAGAAAUGGCUGUGCAUUUUACAGCAAAAUUUGUUUCCACUGUCUUCCUUGUCUUCUUUCUGGAAUGUUCUCUUUUCCACUUUAAUAACCACCUUUGCUUGGAAAAGAAAAAUCUCUUUAAAGAGACUCUAAACACUUAAAGUUGAUGUAAACAUUG